AUGGAGCUUCAAUUAUUAGGUUAUUGUAUCUCCGCCGCUCUCGUGAUCACCGUCGUCGCUUUCUAUGGAUUUUUCGUGAAGCAGAGACGGAACAGUAAUGAUAAACCAGACUCUACAGCUUCGCGGAUCCGUCACGAUCGCGCCACCGUCUCUACCGUCACCGCAGACGCCGGAUCCGUGAAUGUUACCGGAGAUUCCGUCGCCGACGUUAUCAUUGUUGGAGCUGGCGUCGCUGGUUCUGCUCUCGCUUACACUCUUGGAAAGGAUAAUCGCAGAGUUCACGUGAUUGAAAGAGAUUUAUCAGAGCCAGAUCGCAUUGUUGGAGAGCUGUUGCAACCUGGUGGCUACCUCAAGCUACUUGAGCUUGGAAUCGAAGAUUGCGUGGAGGAAAUAGAUGCGCAGCGUGUGUAUGGCUAUGCACUUUUUAAAGAUGGGAAACGAAUUCGCUUAGCUUAUCCCUUGGAGAAGUUUGACACAGAUGUCUCUGGAAGAAGCUUUCACAAUGGACGGUUUAUACAAAGAAUGCGUGAGAAAGCUGAUUCACUUCCCAAUGUGAGGCUAGAGCAAGGAUCAGUUGUUUCUCUUGUAGAAGAGAAUGGUACAGUCAAAGGUGUGAGAUACAAGAACAAAGCAGGAGAGGAACUUACAGCAUUUGCAUCUUUGACUAUCGUUUGUGACGGUUGUUUCUCAAACCUGCGUCGCUCUCUCUGCAAUCCUCAGGUGGAGGUACCUUCUUGUUUCGUCGGCUUGGUCCUAGAGAACUGCAACCUCCCAUAUGAAAACCAUGGACAUGUCGUCUUAGCAGAUCCAUCACCGAUUCUCAUGUAUCCAAUCAGUAGCACAGAGGUCCGUUGUCUAGUCGAUGUCCCUGGCCAGAAAGUUCCUUCCAUUGCAAACGGUGAAAUGGAAAACUACUUGAAAACUGUUGUGGCUCCUCAGAUGCCUCAUGAGGUCUAUGACUCAUUCAUCGCUGCGAUUGACAAAGGAAACAUCAAGUCAAUGCCGAACAGAAGCAUGCCGGCUUCUCCUUAUCCAACUCCGGGAGCUUUGUUAAUGGGAGACGCAUUCAACAUGCGUCAUCCUCUAACCGGCGGAGGAAUGACGGUAGCGUUAUCCGACAUUGUAGUCUUGCGUAAUCUUCUUAGACCGCUGCGUGACCUCAGCGACGGUCCUAGUCUCUGCAAAUAUCUUGAAUCGUUUUACACUCUACGGAAGCCAGUGGCGUCAACGAUCAACACUCUUGCGGGAGCUCUUUACAAAGUGUUCUGUUCGAGUAAAGACGAUGCAAGAAACGCGAUGAGGGACGCGUGUUUCGAGUAUCUGAGCCUCGGAGGGAUGUGCACGAGCGGACCGGUUUCUUUGCUUUCCGGUUUGAAUCCUCGGCCGUUGACUCUUGUUUGCCACUUCUUUGCGGUUGCGGUUUAUGGAGUCAUGCGGUUGCUGAUCCCGUUUCCUUCUCCUAAACGGAUGUGGCUUGGAGCUAGACUGAUCUCGGGAGCAUCGGGGAUUAUAUUUCCGAUCAUAAAGGCGGAAGGAGUUAGGCAGAUGUUUUUCCCGGCGACUGUGCCUGCGUAUUACAGAGCUCCUCCGGUUCAAGAAACCAAAUGGUCAUAG